CGGCAAAGCGUCUCAUAGUUUUAUUUUCAAAGGCUCAUCACAUUAUUGUCAUUGAAAGUAUUUAUUCCACGUCAAAAUUUCCUCAUCUGUCAGUUUUGCAUGUCAGUACGCAUUAAAAAAACACGGGAGCUUGUUGCAUUGACAUAAAAAAAAUUUAUGGCCAGAAAUUACCAGAAUGGAGAGUGUAAAGGAAUUUAGAGUACAGAAUGCACCAGGUGCAGCGUACUACCUCCCGGAUUUCAUCUCGGCUGAGGAGGAACAAAACCUCCAGCAGCAGAUUUACGCAGCCCCCAAGCCAAAGUGGAAACAGCUGGCUCACCGACGGCUGCAGAACUGGGGGGGCCUUCCACAUCCGAAGGGCAUGGUUACGGAGCCCAUUCCCGAGCCUCACGAGGACGGCCCCUUGUUCUACCCAACCAUCACCACCAUAAGCCUGGGAGGUCCCUGUCAGCUCAACCUUUACCGUCCUCACACCUCCAUGCAAAAUCACGAUCAGGAACAGGCUGAAGGUACUGAGAAUGGCGAGCAGAAUGGCGAGCAGGAAAGCAACAACUUGGAAUACGACUUGGAAGCUCGCUACGUGGGCUCUCUACUUCUAGAAGCAAGAAGUCUCUUGGUGCUGCAGGAAGACCUCUACACGACUUUCCUACAUGGGAUUGAGGAGACCAAGCAGGAUGUGGUGACCGACAAGAUCCUCAACCUAGAGUCCUGCAGGGCGAAUGUCGGAGAGACCGUGGAACGCAGCACGAGGAUCUCGCUCACCAUCAGGCACGUUCCGAGGGUCAUUAAGGCGAAACUCCUGCUGGGAAAGAGCAGACGAUGAUAAUGAAGGAAAAGGAAAGGGCAGACACUGAUAGAAAGAGAAAAGGGAAGGGUAAAUGCUGGUACUGAAAGAAAAAGGUAGGCCAGACCCUGAUGAAAAUGGAAAGAAGAAAGAGCAUGUAACAAUAAAUCAGAAGAAUGGAAAGCAGACACUGAUGAAAGCUGGAAUAAUGGAAAAACUGAAGGAGGAUGAGGAAUGAAAUUUGUUAUUAGCAUUAAUUAUUUUUUUUAUAUUUGAAAUGCUAAGGAAAAUUAUUUAUUACUGUGAUUAUGCCUGUGAUUAUGAACUCUAAUGUUUGAAAUAAAAAAUGACUUGACUAGA